AUGGAGCCCCACAGUGGAGUGUGGCAGACCUCCAACGUGGAGAACCUACCCCCCCACACCCUGCACCUACUCUACAAGGAGGUGUCCACACUGACGUCGGACCCCCCAGCAAUCAAAGUCUUCCCCAGUGAGGAGGACGUCACCAAUGUGCAGGUCACCAUUGAGGGCCCCGAGGGCAUGCUGUACGCAGGGGGGCUAUUGCAGAUGAAGCUGGUGCUGGGGAAGGAAUUCCCAUCAUCCCCCCACUAUGGGUUUUUCCUGACCAAGAUCUUCCACCCCAACAUGGGGCCCAGCAGGGAGAUGUGCAUCAACGUCCUCAAGAGGGACUGGAGCCCCAAGCUGGGGCUGCGGCACAUGCUGCUGACCAUCCACUGCCUCUGCUUAAGGCAGAUGUCCAUGAAUCUCUAUUUUCAUUACAAUUUUAUUUUCUUUUAUUUUCAUCACAACUGA